AUGAAGCGGCUCAUCAAAACCGCCCUCCGUCUCAAAGAAUCCCCCAAAGACCCAACCACCUCCUUCCAACUCUGGCCCUCCCGCCCCUUCACCACAACCACCACCCGCCUCUCACAAGAAUCACCACCAACCCCCAUCCAACUCCGCGCCUACCAAGAAGAAUGCAUCCAAGCAGUCCUGACCUCCAUAACCCAAGGCCACAAACGCCUCGGCAUCUCCCUCGCCACCGGCGCCGGCAAAACAGUCAUCUUCACCCACCUCAUCGACCGCGUCACACCCCCAAACCCCCAAGCAACCCGCACCCUCAUCCUCGCCCACAGGCGAGAACUAGUCGAGCAAGCCGCCCGCCACUGCCAGUCAGCCUACCCAAACAAGACCGUCGAAGUCGAGCUCGGAAACCUCCAAGCAACCGGCUUUGCCGACAUCACCGUCGCCAGCAUGCAAUCCAUCCUGUCCAAAGACCGUCUCCUGAAGUUUGACCCCUCAAACUACAAACUUGUCCUCGUCGAUGAAGCACACCACAUCGUCGCCCCAGGCUAUCUCAAGAUCUUGGAGCACAUGAACCUCCGGCAAAAGCAACCCGACUCCCCCACUCUGGUCGGCGUAUCAGCCACCUUUUCCCGCUCAGACGGCCUAAAACUAGGAGCGGCCAUCGACGAGAUCGUCUACCACAAGGAUUACAUCGACAUGAUUACGGACAAGUGGCUUUCCGAAGUCGUCUUCACCACCGUCGAGUCCAGAGCCGACCUCUCCGGCGUCCGAGCCAAGGGUGCGGGUGGGACAGGCGAGUUCGAAACCGCCUCGUUGUCAAGAGCCGUCAACUCCCCCGAGCUAAACGACAUUGUCGUUCGAGCCUGGUUUGCAAAAGCCGCACCACCAAAGAGACAGUCCACGCUGGUCUUUUGCGUUGAUCUGAGCCAUGUGGCGGCUUUGACGGAACGGUUUCGGCAUCACGGGAUUGAUGCCAGGUAUGUAUUCGGCGACACCCCGGCCAAGGAGCGGGCGGAAACGCUGGAGAAGUUCAAGAAAAAGGAGUUUCCUGUCUUGCUUAACUGUGGUGUUUUUACCGAGGGGACGGAUAUUCCCAAUAUUGACUGCGUCGUGUUGGCCAGGCCGACGAGGUCGAGGAAUUUGCUGAUACAGAUGAUCGGACGGGGGAUGAGGCUGCAUGAGGGGAAGGAGAAUUGUCAUGUUAUUGACAUGGUGGCGAGUUUGGACGUGGGGAUCAUCACCACGCCGACGCUGUUUGGGCUGGAUCCGGAUGAGUUGGUUGCGGAGAAGACGGGAGGGGAACUUCUCGCUUUGGCGAGAGAGGGGGGAGAGAAGAAGGAGACGGCGGAGGGGAGGGAGAAGAGGAUGUCGAAGGCUGCCAAGAAGGCGUGUCCGACGGGAGAGAGCUACAAGGUGGCGUUUACCGAGUAUGAUUCUGUUUUUGACCUGAUCUCGGAUGCGGCGGGGGAGAAGCAUAUUAGGGCUAUUAGUCAGAAUGCGUGGGUGCAGGUGAAUCCGAACAAGUACGUUUUGAGCACGGAUAGGGAUGUGAUGCGGUUGGAGAAGGAGGUGGCUGAACCCCCACGCGGGAAAGAUGGAGAGGAGGAGGGAGAGAGGAAGACGAUGUGGAAGGGGUAUGUGAUGAGGGCGCUCUCGAAUGGGAAGUCACCGUGGGCGGCGCCGAGGGAGAUAUUAAGGACGAUGGAUUUUAGGGAUGCGGUGCAUGGGUGUGAUAGGUUUGUGGCGGAAUUUUAUGCGCCGUUUUAUAUCUCGCAGAGGAUGCCGUGGAGGAAGGCGCCGGCGUCGGAGGGGCAGCUGAGAUUUUUGAAUAAGCUGAGGUCGAAGCUGGUUCCGCUUGAGCCGGGGGAUAUCACGAGGGGGAAGGCGGCGGAUAUGAUCACCAAGAUUAAGCACGGUGCCAGGGGGAGGUUUGCGGAGUUGGAGGCGGAGAGGAAGAGGAGGGAGAGGAUUAGUAUGUAUGCUGAGAUGGAGAUGCAGAGGAGGGAGAUGGAGAAGGUGUCGGUUGGGCCGGUGGCGUCUUGA